AGAUGCGGCGGCGGCUCUAGUCGCACACGUGCGAGAGAGACGAUCACGGUACGGCGUGCGGUACUCCUCUCACAGGCGCGCGUACGUACACACACGGAGCGCGUACGUACACCGAUCGGUGCACCUGGUCGUACCUCGCUGGUGAUUCCGUGCCGGAUUUUCGCGAAGGGGUCUUGCGAGAUUGCACGCGAGCAUUAACGGGCGCCGCGUUCAGCCGCGCGUACGCGUGUCCAGAGGGAAAUUCGACGAGGCUUGUCCUGUUCCCAAAGGAGAGAAAGGACGACGAGCUCUGAGGACACGUUCCCUGGGACAUACAUUUGCACGUCGCUACGGCCUCACCCUCUUUGGUGGACCUUGGAGGGCGAGGAGCUAGGAUCUCGCGUAGACGCACGAUAGUCACGCACGGAGCACCAGCGCGAGGAAUCGAUCGAUUGAUUCGUUCUACGAGGUGACAGACAGUGGGGUUUCUUGUGGGAUCCGUGGAUUAAUACGACGGAAAGAGAGAGAAAAAGAGAGAGAGAGAGAGAGAGAGAGAGAGAGAGAAAGAGAGAUCAACAGCCGGCGCGCCGAGGAGUGGUGAUCUCAUCAACGAGCACAAGGAGCGGCUCCCGAAUAAGAUUCCCGAAUGAGGGCUCCGCAGGAGAGAACGUCGACUUUCGGCAAUCUGGAGGAGAGCGCUCUGUCGGGGUGGUUUCGCGAGGGAUCGACGCUCCGUAGCAUGUCGGCGAUUCGUAUCAAUGUGGAGGAGGAGAAGACUCCCAACGAUGACCGCGAGGAUUUCGUUAGAGACAUCGAAACGACGGCGGUGGCGACGACGGCGGCGGUAGCUGCGGCCAGCAGCCCGCUUUCCUGGCACAUCCCAAGGCCAUCCUUGGUCGGGCGCAGCGAGAGGGACAGCGAAAAUGGAAGCUGGGCUCAUCACUUGCAUCCGAACUCCCCCUCGAGAGGGUCGACAUCGUCCCAAGGAUCUACCGCCAGUACACAUAGCGCCGCGUCGGGCACGUUGCUGCUGACAGCCGCGAACCUGGCGAAUCUCGCCGCCAUACACCCGCCCACGGUGACGGCACCAAAGCAGAUGGACACCGCGUCGGUGGCCAGCAGCACCCACUUCACGGUUGUGAACGGCCUCGGCAGACCGACCACCGUCUACAGGAAGUCCUGGUGCGCGCGAAAUCAGCUCACUGUGCUCGUGUGCACCAUGAGCUUUCUGUUCAUGGUCGGUCUGUUAGCCGGGAUCCUUUACAUGGAAAUGAGGGCUCGUGACAAGUACAACUAGGCCGAGGGUGACGGGAGGAAGCGACGACACGUGACCGUGAAUGAUGAUCAUCGUGAUAGAAACGACGAUGAGGCGGCGAAGAGCCGUUGACGGUGGCGGAAUACAUGAAGAAGCGUCGCCGCGCGGCGGGAUCGUUUUUUCAUGGGAACGAGGAGAGGACGCGCACACGACCCCAGUCACGAUAUAUUAAUUCGAGUUACUUCGUAUUUAUAUGUAUUAUGUACAUUUUCGCGUUUACGUAGAUCGCCGAGACCGGCUCUCGGUCUCGACAUUCUCGGCGGCGAUUAGUGUUCUAGAGUAUUGCUGUAUUGCACCGCGACGAAAGUGUGGUACGUGAAAACCAGUAAUUACAUUUGUGUAAUGAGCGACGUACGUGUUAAGUGGCGUUGAAAGGGAUUAACGAAAUCCUCGCGAGCGGGGGAGCCUUGCAUAUUUAUGCUGAAACUAACGAGAAUUCCUCGGAUCGUCCCGCGAGACACGAUUCGACGAGUAUUGUAACGUUCUUCUUCUUUUCUUUUUUCUUAACUUUGAUUAACCCCUUACCGCGUAGCGCAUGUCGUAUAUACGGGAAGAACAAGCGUCUUUCUCAAAAUUCGUUUACCGUUUCUGUCUAUGGUUAUGACACCUCUCCACGUAGGGAGAUGUUUUAUUUCGCAUUAGAGGAGGAUAUAUGCGGUACGGGGUUACGGACGGCAGUGAUGCACGAUGUGGUUCGCGAUCGCUCCAAAUGAAAUAUAUUCUCACAACGUAUACGACGCUUCUGUUAUUUAGCUCUCGACCGAUUUAUCGUUCGCUGUAAAUCGCGCACUACCGUGAGCUAACGAAGAGAAGUCCGAGGAAGCGGAAUAUGUUAGAGGAUAUCGUUCAGGUAUCAUCAAUCACUGGUCGUCCAGCGAAAAUUCGAUUCUGAUCGUACUUUGAUGAGCAGCGAAUAUACCGACGGACAGUUCGAAGUAAUCGACGAAAUGAGACCGAGAUAGCGAGUAACUAUUUAGGACUCAUAAAUUAAUUCUCAUUAACCAAUCGCGUCUGUAUUAAGCCUGGAUUUCCGUCGGAAUAUCAUUCCAGGAAUGAAUGAAAUGUAUGAAAAAGCAAUGAGGGGCGGUCGCGUCGAUCGCUUUUCGCGUCUGUGAUAUUACUUGCGUAUUAAUUAAUUGUCGAUUCAACAAGAAACUGUCAAAUAUA